UAUUCAAAUACAAACCCACACUCCUCUCUUCAUAGCAAGUAGCUCAGUGUCCAACCAAAAACCUCUCUCUCUCUCUCUCUCUCUCUCUCUCUCUCUCUCUCUCCCCCAAACAAUGCCAAACACAACCCAUGCCCUAAAAUCCGGCACCCAGUCACCGGAUUCCGGCGACUCCCCCCACAAUUUCUCUCUCCCCAACAGCAAACCCCUAUGGAAACUCGUUGGAUUCCGGCAAAACCGCUGCCCCUCCUUCAUAAUCUGCCUUCAAAUCCACCACAUAAGAGGCCUCCCUUCUUCCAUCGAAGGCCUCAAACUCACUGUCAAUUGGGGAAGAAGCAGAAACUCCCCUCUAGAAAAGACCCAUCCAAUCUCUGUAGUCCAUGGAGUUGCUGAGUUUGACGAAGUUUUCCUUCAUUACUCCGACUUCUCCGACGAAUUAAGCAAUUUUUGGUUGUGGGUUUUAUCUGAUGAUUCAAAGGGGUGUGAGAUUGUUGGGGCUUUUGAGUUGGACUUGAGUGAGCUGGUUUUGGAGGCUGUGAUGGCGGGAAACUUGAAUUCAAAUUUUCGACAGUCGAGAUUUGGCGGGAAGACAAUGAGGUUUGGGCUUUGUGGGGUGGCGGGUGGCGGAACACUAAGUGCAAGCUUCUAUUGCAGAGUGGUUGAAGGGGAAGGUGGUAAACAUACCAUGGCGCUUAACAAGUACAUCAAGUAUAAGAAGAAGAAAGGCAAUUGUUGUUCUUGCAUACCCAACUUCAACCAGAGGAGGAAGUCGCCGCCAUUGAUCGGUGGGCCAUGUCGUGUCACCUCUCUUGAUUCAGAUCCUGACUACAUCACGAUCGAGAAUUCCCCCGAACCCACCUUUGUUCUAAUUGAGAAAAGCCUCAACAAGAUGAAAUUGAAGAACAAGAAACUUGAGAAUGAAGAAUUGGAAAAGUCAUUUAAUGAAGUUGCUUUAGAAGGGGCUAAGAGUCCAUGUUUGCUUGUGGGUACUUCUUCUAAUGCUGAGAUUGAAAUUGGCAAGGUUGAGGAUGAGUUCUUGAGAAUGCUUGAUGAGAACAAUAGUGAAAGUUUUGAAAAGAAGGGGAAAGAGAAUGUGGGCUUUGAUUUGGACUUAGAUUUAGACUUGGAUUGCAUAAUGAAGGCAGCUGAGAUGGAGAUUGUAAAGGCAAUUCAAGCUUGCAAGAGUAAGAUAGAGGGAACCAUGGUAGAGAAAGCUGAGUGUGAGGAGUUGAUGAAGAGAUGGGGAUUAGAUGAAAGUGCCUUCCAAAUUGGUCCUCCACAGGAGUCAUGUAUUGGGUUUGGAAGCCCAAUUUGAAAUAAGUGUGGGUUACCAAAAUGCUUAGGGCUUGUUUGGCUCCAUGGAUUAACAAACCUAGGUGUUAAAUUAAAACUCUAUUAUGUCAAACCUUGGUUAUGUUAAAACCUGGUUAAUGUUGUGGAAAUUGUGUUGUAGCCUUGUAGGCAUCAA